GCCCCCGGUUCACCGAGCUCUGCUGGGGCGGAAAAGCGUCAUUUGUGCGCAGAAAACAGAGAAACAGCUCCUACGGGCUUCUGGUUCCCGUUAACUGACAACAAACGGACAGAGGAAGGGUAGCUCGAGCCGUUCACGCGUCAAAAGCACCGGGAGUGAUUCUCCUCCUGCAUCAGGAUGGAUUUAAACACGGACAACACCCGACAGCAGCGCGGUUCACCCCCAUCACCGCCCGACCGACGCUGACUGAGCGAACGUAGCUCCGGGCGUUUAUUUUGACCACCAGCGGGACAGAAGUGCUUCCUCCAUCCGCAAUGAACAUCUAGAAUGUCAUCAGGCGAUGGGAUGAAAAUGCGCCGUCACAGGGUGUUCUUGAUCUGCACGGUGGGGCUGUGUCUCAUUUCCUUCCUGCAUUACUACAAGGCUCUUCACUACGUGUCUCUGUUGAGGGAGCUGUCUGCACCUUACCCCAACAUCAAGUCCUUCAUCAUGGUCACUGGAUUCUUCUGGAAGGAGGGGACCACACCAAUGUCCAGUGUAUCCCCUAAGGAAGGACCUCUUCUGGCCCACAGACUGCCAGACAGUAAGGCUCGGGCUGGAGGAGGUCUGGAUCCAGAUACUAGACAAGAACCUGAAGCUCCACAGCCGUGGAGGAGACCUGAAGAACCUCAGCACAGGAGCUCAGCCACAACAGAGGAUCAAAAGGGAAGUUUGGUCGCCUGGCAGCCCAGUAGCCUGACCAAUCGGAAGCCCGACGCACAGAGAAAGAGCACUGUCAAGGUUGUGGUAAAGAAGCUUCAACCACCACAAACGUCGACUCAAGACCCGCUAGAAUCCCUGGGCGACUUGCACCUUCGCAAACACGUCCUCCGGGACGACCAUACCCCUUAUUUCGUUCGCACCAAAGCAGGUGCUCUGUGCUUCCGUCAAGGGAUGGAGGUGGCACCCCCUAAAGACGAGGCAUUUAGGGCAAAACCCACCAGAACUGGAGCGGGUCAGCGGAAAAUACUGCAGAUGCCUGACGAUUCCAAGACUCAAGGCAAAUCUGUGGAGGAGUCCAGCCCUGCUCGAGGGAAGCCAAAACGUGGCAAACGGCUGGUUAAGUGCGUUUGUCAGCCAGGGUGGCACGGCCCAUACUGUGGAGUGCCCACUAUGGUGUACCACUCUAAUCUGCCCACGAAAGAGAGACUGAUGCCCCGCGAAAAACCCCGACGCGUCAUAAAUGCCAUCAACGUCAACCACGAAUUUGACCUGCUUCACGUGCGGUUCCGUGAGCUUGCUCAGGCUGUAGAUCUCUUCCUUGUGUGCGAGUCAAACUUCACAGCAUACGGGGAGAGACGUCCACUACGCUUCCUGCAUCUGCUGCUCAACGAAACAUAUGAUUACAUUGGCCACAAGAUCCUGUACGUCUUCCUGGAUCACUUCCCCGACGGUGGCCGACAGGACGGAUGGAUCGCAGAUGACUACCUGCGUACUUUCCUGACUCACGAUGGAAUGUCUCGAGUUGUGGGCGUGCGGCCCGAUGAUGUUUUUCUCAUCAACGACGCCGAUGAAAUUCCAGCUCAGGAAGGUGUUCUUUUCCUCAAGCUUUUUGAUGGUUGGACAGAGCCUUUCGCUAUUCACAUGCGGAAGUCACUGUAUGGAUUCUUCUGGAAGCAGCUGGGAUCCCUCGAGGUGGUGUCGGGGUGUACUGUCGGAAUGCUGAGGGACGUCUAUGACAACGAUGGGAUCCGGCUCCGCCGACGGGAAUACUACACCAUGCCAGGAUUCCGAAAGUACGAGAAUGACACCGGGCAUAUCUUGGUGCAGUGGUCCAUUGGAAGUCCGUUCCAUUUCGCAGGCUGGCAUUGCUCCUGGUGUUUCAAGCCAGAGGGCAUCCACUUCAAACUCAUUUCAGCCCAGAACGGGGACUUUCCUCGGUGGGGCGACUAUGAGGACAAGCGUGACCUCAACUACAUCCGGGAGCUGAUCCGAACAGGGGGCUGGUUCGAUGGCUCUGUACAGGAGUACCCACCCUCGGACCCUAAAGAACAUAUGUACGCCCCUAAAUAUAUGAUAGAUAAUUACGAUCACUACCGCUACUUGUUGGAGAACCCGUAUGCCAGGCCAUCCAAGCUAGGUGGUGCGUAGAGCUGUCUGGGAAGUUUGUAAGGAUGGUUGAUUAAAGACAAUAAAGAAGGGGAACAGUUGUUGAGGGAGGGAGAAAAGAGACCACAUUCAGUUCCUCUUUCUUCCAUUGGUCAAGCCCCUCGGUCCCACUUAACACUGUCCAAUGGCAGAACACUUAUUUUGGUAUCUUUUGAAGACGGCUUGCAGAGAACUAAAGCAAAUCUUUCAGUUUUGUGAGAUGUUUACAUAUGAGGGACAAAGUCAGACAUUUUAUUCUGCAUUAGACACUCUCUUUGUUCAUUGUACAUGACCUUACAACCCCUUUCUGUGGAUGUGAGUGUGUGUGCAGGAAUGAAUUCCACGUUCUGACAGCUGUGUUGACAGCUUUCAAAUUCCUCCAGACUUUAAGUCGUCUCCCAUUGUAAGAUCUUCUGAAUGAAUUUGUGGAUGAGAGAGAAAAAGAGAGACCAUUCGAGAGAAACUGACCUGUGCUGGGUUCUGACUGAGCUAAUAUAUGAGGCAAUGAAGAAAUAACACGCAAGAGUUCCUGUCAGUCCAGAGCAAGCCAGAAAUGAGUUUCCAGUCAGAGAAUAUACUGAAGCUGAGAAAAGCAUAGCAGGUUCUAAAAAUAACCACAAAGAUAUGUAGUGUGUGUAAACAGGGGACAAUGUUAACCACCCAUUUUACACCCAAGUAGAGCACUGAAGAGCUGCCAAUUAAAAUUAGAUUGACAUGGGCCCUGUGCCACAACCUAGUGAGAUGUCUGAAUAGGCAGAAUUUUAAAGAAUCAUAGGUGUGCUUCCAACACAAAAGUUGUUACAAAAGGUAGGCAGCUGGAUUAUGCUUAUAAGGUACCUUCUUUUGGAUGAAUUCUAAGGCAGCAUCAGAUAUAUCCUUCACGGAUAAGGCAAUUAAUUUGUGGAUCAGUUGUCAUUUUGAAUCUAUUUGUAUGAUGCACAAAGUUGCCGCCUAUGUAGCGCAUUCCAAAUCAGUCACUGAGGCUGUUCAGCUGCAUGUUUAGGCAGUACACAGCGAGGCAUCUUACUCGGUUUUGGGACAGCCAUGUAGUGUUUCCUGGUGGGCUCUGUUGUGUUGGUGCACAGAUCUGUGGUCAAUGCAUACAACAGAGUUUCUAAAAAAACACUCUGACCUGGAAAUUCCCUGUUCUCAGAACAGUGUAGUCAGCUGAUGCAUUAGAGAUCUGUGGGGAAUAAAAUGCUCACAGUGGCAACAGAGAUCUGAUUAGUGUCAGAAGAUUUGAAAGGGAGUGAUCUGGGAUAAUUCAUAAUAAUUUACUUACCCCUAAUGUUGUUCCAGACAUGUAUGAUAGUUUUUUCCUAUGAAAUACAAAAGGAAAUGUUUAGCAGUAUGUUCACGCUGCUCUUUCAGUAAAUAGUAACUGGGACUGUUUGAAGUCAACAUGAAAUAAAAUAAACUUCAAAAGUCCCGUCAAAAACGUGUUUUAAAUUUUUGAGAUUAUUUUGAUAAAAUCCCGCUUUAAACUACUCAUACACACAUUAUUUCCAUAGGCUGUCAUUGGAAAAUAGCAAACACGUGUUAGAGUAUUGGUGGCAGGGCAACAGUUGCUAAGAUAGGAUUGGUCAGCUUAGCAAAGGGUCAGUUCCACUGUGCAAAGCCGACUGUGCCUUCAUGGUGUUCCAAACCAGCCUGACUGUCUUUCUUCCAUGGAACACAAAAGAAGUUUAGGCUUCAUUUUUCCAUGUAAUGAAAAUAUAACUUAUAAAUCUGAAAAGACAGACGUACCGUAAGCUCCGAGGUUGUUAAUCGAUGGUAUAUGAUUCUGCUGAAGCCAUCAGUAUGCAUUACUUCAGCUUUUUUAUAGCAUAAUUUCUGGUGAAGAACUAAACUACCCAUGAUCCUGAAGAAAAAGAUCCACCAAUCAGAGAAUCACAUCAAAAGAGCUCUGCAGCUCCGCCCACCCCCAUGAAUGAUGCUAUUGAGUCACUCUCCCUACACUCUCCCUACACUCUCAACUACUGAUACAUAUCUAUAUAUCUAAAUAUUUUGAAAUAUACUUUAAAAAUUUUGUUUCUAUACUUAUAAUCAACAACUUAUCAAUAGUUUUAUAUUUUGCAUUGUUUUUAAUUCGACUACGUCAUUUGCAUAAGGGGGAGGGGUGCUGGGGGUGGGUGUUGCCUCACUAGAUUUUCCUUGUGCCCCCUAUGAAACUUCUGACAACCACCCACCCCAAAGAUCACGUCCUAGUACCGCCCCUGCUUCAUGGGAUUGUGGUUAAUUCUCUUAUUAAAGACGUUAAAUACACAGUCUUGUAUCUUUGUCUUUUUGCCUGAUUUUCGAAUGCUUUUUUGCUUCAAAUCAAAGUUUGUAAUAUUGUGAAAAAAAUAAAUGGGAAAAAUACUUCUGGAAGCAACAUGGCUAAAAAAGUGGACGGGCACUUUUGUGCUCUUUUGUGCAAAAUGUAUCUGUGAAUGUUAUACCAAAGAAUUUUUUUUUGUCUUCAUAAUGUUUUAUCAAAAUGUAAUAACUUGCUCCGCCUAUGAAAUGACUUUCCUUUUUAUGCGGACAUCAUCAAGCCCUCUUAAUUUUUAACCACCUGUCAUAAAGAGACACUUUAAACCAUCCAAUCAAUUCCACAAGGAGAAAAUCAAGUCCCGCCCUACAUUAUAUUUCUGAUUAAAGAUCCAAUUUUACUCUGGACUCUGGUCACAUUAAGAAUGUAAAAUGGGUUGUGAAUUCUGUUUCAUGUUGACUUCAAGCUCCAAAAAGGACAAAAUACUGCUAUAAACAUGCCAUGAUAGUAGUGCAGGGACUACAGUUUGCAGAACAUGUUCUCUGUCUCACACACGCUGCUAUAAACAGUUGAAGAGAUAUGUGUGGUGCAAGUUCUCUUGGCAGCGAGUGAAGGGUGUGUUUGCAGGGGGGCAGGAAGGGAAAGACCUCAGCAAAACACUGGAGUCAUGUGAGGCCAUUGAAUGUUCACUUUAAACUACACAUCACCAAAAGAGAAUCAAGAGAGUCAGGGACUCAUGCUAACCAAUUAGUUUUCUAAUUACUCACCAAUAUAUCUACUCCACCCCCUCCUACCCCCAGAUCGUUUUACUUCAAGCAUUUGGCUGCACAUCAGAUCUCACUAGCAGAUUCAGUGGAUGGAGAAAACCUUGUCCAGAAAUCACGGCUCUCUCUCUCUCUCUCUCUCUCUCUCUCUCUCUCUCUCUCUCUCUCUCACAGUUGGGAAGCUUCCUCUUACUUGGCCUUUGGUUGUUCUUGUCAUUUUGGUUUAUAUGCUGUUUGAUGUUAGGCCUGAAACAUACUUAAGUAUUCAAGCACCUUCUCAUCUCGCUUGCAUAAUUAAUGUACUUUAAAGGGUUUGUACGUUGCGAUAACACUCAGUCCGCAAGGAUGUCUGUGCCAUUAAAUCUGUCUAUGCCAUUAAAUCUGAUGUGUUAUUAUUCAGGCAGCUAGCAGUAAUCGUGUUGACUGUUUGACUAACUUUAACCUGCUCAGCAAGAUUCUCUGCAAACUGUUGCUCCUCCAUAGUAGUUGACCUAAAAGAGAAAACUGACUGUAGAAGACACUUUAGGCUAAAGUUUGCCAUAGUGUCACUUGGGGUAGUGCUGAGAAUGCAAUGUGUAGCUAUGAAUUGCGGUCUAAAUGCAAUCAGAACGCAACAGUGCAGUAUAAAGCCCAAAGUAUACUUUGGUUUUGACAUAAAUGCUUACCUUCUGCGUACAGUCAGGUGCUAGCCUUUCAAAAUAUACUUCAUUUGACUGUGCGUGCAUACACAGGUUGUUGGCGCAUGCAUGCUAUGACUGCUAUGAAAUACUGGACUAUUUCUCUUCAGUAGUUUAAAUUUAUAAAGAUGUCUUUAUAUUCCUUCAGACUUGAGUUGAACAACUGCAUGUAUCUCCUGACCUCCUUACAUACACGUUCUAGAUGUGCACAUCUACUAUUGUUGUUUCUACCUCUCUUGUUGUUUAGUGGCAAUAGCAUCGUCUAGCGCUUCUUCGUGACAGCAACAGCUCAGUUGUGAGUGUUGCCACCUUGUGGACCCACUAAUUAGUGCAAACAAUUCCAGGUGUAUGCACAUACUGCACGUUCAGAGUAUGCACGUUUGAGGCCAAAGUAUACUUUGGUUGUCUGCGUUGCUGAUCAGGGCAUGUGUCAAACGUGUUCGCAUUCACUUGCGGUCAGAAAAGUAUACUUUUAAAGGCAACGCGGUCGACCGGGCACUAUCCAAAUCGGAAUGCACAAAAACAAAGUAUACCCAGGCCUUCAAAAAAAUAGAGCCGCACACUAUUCGCAUCUAACUAAAUUAUACUUUGAGCUUAAGCAUUUGUGUACUCGCAUAGAGUUUGUUUUGGGCUGUUAUCUUGCUUUUGACUUGUGAAGCACCUGUGAAAGGAGUCAUCUGAUGUAUCAGGGAGUUUGAUUUAUUCAUGCAAAGCACUGACAUGCUCAUGUGCCGUUUGUUCGGUUUUGUGAUAUAUUGAUCAGUGCCACAGAUUGCCACUUUAAUCAUGAGGUCAAACACACACACACACAUCUUUCAGGAAAUAACAGUGAACAUCCUGUGAUUGGGAACGACAUUGUCAGGUGAAAUAACCCUGUGCUGUCAAACCGUUCAUCUCUGCACUGCAUUUUAUUCUUUUCAAACUGUACCUUAUUCAGCGUAACUUAUGUCUGCUUUAAUAUAUAAAAGGAUAUUUUCUCUCUUUCCUUGUCUAUUUGGGUGGUUAAAAAUUAUUCUUGUUCAACAUGUAGUCAUUCAUAAGAAGCUGAGAUCCUGAGCCAGUCAUAUAACAGAUCAGAUAUAGUUCACUUAUUUUCAUUUUUAAUGUUGCACUGUAUGGGCCUUAUAUAUAUAUAUAAUAUAUUUGUUUUGUUAUUUGAAUUUUUUUUCUGCAUAUGAAACCCGUUUUUCUUAUAUAAGAAAAAUGGGUUUCAUAUGCAGAAAAAAAUUCAAAUAAAACAAAUAUAUAUACACACAGUACUGUGCAAAAGUUUUAGGCACUUGUGAAAAAUGUUGUAUAGUGAGGAUGUCUUCAAAAAUAAUGACAUAAAUAGUUUUCUUUUAUCACUUAAUGUCAUACAAAUUCCAAUAUUUGGUGUGGCCACCUUUUCUCCUAGGUACACCUGGACACAAAUAUUUUCUUUGUUGUUGGCAGAUAGGAUGUUCCAAGCUUCUUGGAGAAUUCGCCACAGUUCUAUCUAUUUAGGCUGUCUCAAUUGAUUCUGUCUCUUUAAGUAAUCUCAGACUGACACGAUGUUCAGUGGGGGGCUUUGUGGGGCCAUGACAUCUGUUGCAGGGCUCCCUGUUCUUCUAAUCUUUUCCAUUUGCAAAAGUAAUGUUUGGGAGUCUAAUAUUUAUAUUUCCUAUUGACACACUAAAGCUGAAGAUAUAAAUAACCAUCUUAAGACAAAUGCUUUUGUGAAACAUCUUAUGUGCCUAAGACUUUUGCACAGCAUUUUGUGUGUGUGUGUGUAUACUGUGUAAUAUAAUAUAUAAACUCCGCAAAAAAGAAACGUCCUUUCAACUGCUUUUAUUUUCAGCAAACUUAAAAUGUAUAAAUAUUUGUAUGAACAUUAAAAGAUUCAACAACUAAGACAUAAACUGAACAAUUUCACAGACAUGUGACUAACAGAAAUGAAAUAUGUCCCUGAACAAGGGGGGGGUCAAAAUCAAAAGUAACAGUCAGUAUCUGGUGUGGCCACCAGCUGCAUUAAGUACUGCAGUGCAUCUCCUCCUCAUAGGCUGCAACAGAUUUGCCAGUUCUUGCUGUGAGAUGUUACCCCACUCUUCCACCAAGGCACAUGCAAGUUCCCGGACAUUUCUGGGGGGAAUGGCCCUAGCCCUCACCCUCCAAUCCAACAGGUCCCAGACGAGCCCAAUGGGAUUGAGAUCCGGGCUCUUCGCUGGCCAUGGCAGAACACUGACAUUCCUGUCUUACAGGAAAUCACGCACAGAACGAGCAAUAUGGCUGGUGACAUUAUCAUGCUGGAGGGUUAUGUCAGGAUGAGCCUGCAGGAAGGGUACCACAUGAGGGAGGUGGAUGUCUUCCCUGUAACGCACAGCGUUGUGAUUGCCUGCAAUAACAAGCUCAGUCCGAUGAUGCUGUGACACACUGCCCUAGACCAUGACGGACCCUCCUCCUCCAAAUCGAUCCCGAACUGUGACCUUAAUUGCCUACCUUCUGUAAGCUGUUGGUGUCUUAACGACCGUUCCACAGGUGCAUGUUCAUUAAUUGUUUAUGGUUCAUUGAACAAGCAUGGAAAACAUUGU